AAGCAUUUCUCGUGUUCACAGGCAGAUCGGCAGCAGUACACGCUCUCUCUCCUCUCCUCUUGUUCUUCCUCUCAGUUUUACCUUUUUUCUGUUACUAUGUGUGCGUCUACUUGCGUCUCCUGCUGGCUAUGAGGAAUUUUACGUGUCCGUAGUUUUUGUCACUUUGUUUUCCCCUCUUGGAUUUAGUUCGUUUUUGUUUUGUUUUUAAACUCUGGGUGGUUGUUGCUCCACUUUUCUUUUUUUUCCUUUUUUUUUUUUCUUUUUGGUUGUCGGGCGUCGCAAGGGAUUGAAAUUCAACAUGUCGAGGAGCACGGAGGAGGUGUACAAGCUCACUGAAAGUACUUACAAGAGUGUGAUGGACCAGUUCAACCCAGGACUGAGGAACCUGGUCAACCUGGGCAAGAACUAUGAGAAAUCAGUAGCUGCAAUGACCCUGGCGGGAAAGUUGUAUUUUGAUGCAAUGUCAAAGAUUGGGGAGAAUGCUGCAGUGUCUCCUGUCUCCAGAGAAUUAGGUGUAGUGCUGAUGGAAAUCUCAGAGGUCCAUAGGAGAGUUCAUCUUGAGCUGGAAGAAAAUUUUAAGAGGUUUCACAGAGAGAUAAUAGGCGAGCUGGAGAAGAAGACUGACAUGGACGUCAAAUACAUGACAGCCACAUUUAAGAGGUACCAGAUGGAGCACAAGAUGAAGCAGGACUCACUGGAGAGAUCGCAGUCAGAUCUGAAGAAGCUGAGGAGGAAGAGCCAAGGCAAGAACGCCAACAAGUACGAGAGCAAGGAGAGCGAGUGCCUUGAGACGUUGACAAGUCGUCAGAUGGACAUGCAGUUGUUCAUUGCAGACGGCUGUAAAGAGGCUCUACUGGAGGAGAAGAGACGUUUCUGUUUCCUGGUGGACAAACACUGCAUGUUCUCCUAUCAGUUCGCUUCCUUUCACGACAAGGCCAGAGACAUUCUGACGGAAAAGCUGAACAGCUGGCAGGACCAGUGCAACGACGCCAGCGACAUGCCUGAUAGCAUUUUGUCCAUGAUUGAGGGACUUCGAACGCCCAUCACCAUCACGCCUCUGCCCUCUCCCUCCCCAUCACGGCACAGUGUGAACAUGUCAGCUCCCCCGGCCCCUCCUCUGAAGGCUCAGACCAGUCCUCUGGCCAACAUGUUCACCCAGGAGAACAACACCACCACUGUAUCCACUGCUAGCAACAAUAACACCGACCACGGCAUCAGUGAGGACACCAACCUCGGAAGGUCCGUGUCUGUCGCCACAGGCCUUAACAACAUCGUGAAGAGGCCGCGUGUGCGCACCAUCUUCCCCCACACUGCCGGCAACAACAGCACGCUGCUCAGCUUUGACGAGGGAGACAUCAUCACACUGCUGAUCCCUGACGAGAGAGACGGGUGGAUGUAUGGAGAAAUGGAGAAAAACGGAAAGAGGGGCUGGUUCCCUUCAUCUUACUGCCGUGCACUUACAGAGCCACUCGUGAAUAACAACAGUAUGUCCGCUGCCCCGUACCGCAGCCGGAGCGUGGUGAACCUCCACCACCAGGACACGGAGACAGACGAGGCCACCAUGGUGCUUCCUCCUGCCGACUACAGCGACGGCCUUCAGCGGAACGCCUUCAGGAACAACACCUCGUCCAGCAGCAUCGCCACCACACAGAACAACCACCGGCACUCUCCCACGCCAUCUGCAGUUUCUUCUUCCUCGUCCGAUCAGAACACGGCGGCUCAGUCUAACGGCGUCUCCAGACCCGGGCCUGCUUAUCUCGCCGGAGGGAACCCAUUCGCCACAGUCAGACUACGCCCAACUGUCACCAACGACCGCUCUGCACCGGUCAUCUGAUCAACCCACAUUUCCACUCAUCCUCCAUCCCUAAAAGAAAAAACCCUCUUCAUCUUCCCUGGAUGUGCAGCUCUGCUCAGAUAUCUCUGUCCAGAAGCCUCUCCUGGUCCAGAUGGACAAAAAACUGAAAUAAAUAUGCCAUUUGAAUGUGGGAUCCCCUUUACUGCUGCAGUCAUCUGGAAGUAUUUUGGGACUGUUUCAUUGACAGAACAGAGGCUCAUAUAUUUAAGAUAUAUAUAUAUAUAUAUAUUUUCCAAGUCUAUUUUUGUCCCUCUGUUUGUGGUGGUGUUAUUAAAAGACCACUUUCUUACCUGCACUUAAGAAACGGAUGAAUAAAAACGGUCAAAGAAAAUACUGCGAUGUAUUUAAACUGUUGUUUGUUGUUAAAAUGACUGUUAGAAAUCUUUUCUGUUGCCAUAGGACAGUAAAAGAAUGUACUGUAGAGGACCUCUGCAUUUCACCUUCAGGUCCUUUUGACAAAGUUGAAUCUCACUGUCGAUAUUAACAUGAUGCUGGCUGCUGAGAGAUAACUGCAAACUUUAAAGAGAUGCAUAAAAAAGGCACACUCAAGUGAUCUUUAUCUUCAAGUCCCUCCUGUGUAUAUAUUUGUAAAUCAGAUGCUUUAAAUAUUGUCCUCCGCCAUCUUACUGAACUGUCUUGUAGAGCUAGACGAUCAUGGAGAAGGACUUUUGCCUUAAUGACAUACCUACUGUAAAAAAGAAAUCAUGUUGCAUUCUUCAAAUUGUGGACACGAGUUGUAACAAUUGCCUCACCUGUGCAUCGACAGUGCAAUCAUUUGUGCUUUAAUCAUAACAAAUGGCAUUUUAAGACCGAAGUGUGUACACUUGUUUUGGUCUUUGGCCAACGUUAAACUCUUAGAACUUGCUGUAUGACAAAUAAAGAUUUAUUUCUUCAA